CCUCGCACGUGUGUAUUUUGUUUGAAUUUGUGCGGUUGGUUCCUGUAUAGAUGGCCUUGGUUCCUGGGAUGUCUUUUGGCGAAUAAUUGAAAUGUAGGAGUAAUUAGCGUUCUUUUGUGGUACAGUUCUAAAUUGCGAAUAAUUUGCCCAUCCGUAUGAAAACAAUUGUUUUUUAGUGUUUCGGUGGAGCAACAAAUAAUGAAAAAUGCUUUUGACGUUUCGGAUUUCAGCAAUCGGUGGUACUGUAAAAAGUGCACAAAAUGAAGGCAAAGAAGGUAAAAUCACAAAAUAGCUCAAAUGCAAAACAGGGAACAGCUUCAAAGUCCAAGAAGAAUGGUGUGAGCUCUGAUGAUAAGGAUGCAGCUUUGGCGUCUAUGUCCAUUGACCAGUUCCUGGCAUCUGGGUUUGACUCUGAUGACGAUGGAGAUGCUGAAUCAGACACACCUAUGAAUGGUGGGGACCAUGAGACAGAGUCAGCGGAGGAGCCAGACGAUUCCAGUGGGGAAGAGGAGGAGGAGUCCAGUGAAGAGGAGGGCAAUGAAGAGGACUUUCACAAGUCUCUGGACAAGCUGAAGGACACUGAUCCAGAGUUCUACAAGUUCCUCCAGGAAAAUGACAAAGAUGUGUUCGAGGGGGAGGAAGAAAAAGAAACUGAACAGCCUGAGCCGGCAGAUGAGGACUCAGCUGAAGACAGUGAUGACGAGCCCUCGGAUCCGUCUGGGCUCAGUCUGACUCAGAUCAGUCGAUGGGAGGCAGCUCUUGCGAGUACACAGGCCAAGUCGGCUCUGAAGGAGGUCACUGCCGCGUUCCGGUCGGCAGUGCAGCGCGCGACCGGCGGCGGGGCCGAGGGCGCCUCGACCAUCGACGAUCCCACAGUGUUCAACAGCCUGGUGCGUCUGUGUCUGAACGAGGUGCCUCGCGCCGUGGCCUCCAUCCUGAAACUGGAGUCGUCGGAGAAGGACCCGUCGCGCUGCAAACGCUGGCCGCAGGUCAAAGGGCCCGUCAAACGCUUCCUCACGGACGUCAUUCAGCUGCUGGCGUCCUCGGGCUCUGCGGCGAUGCAGCGCGCGCUGCUGCGCCACCUGCUGGCCAUGACGCCGUACCUGGCCACCGAGCAGCGACUGUGCUCGCAGCUGGUCAGCCGGCUGGUGGCCCUCUGGUCCGCCGGCGAGGAGGAGGUGCGCGUGCUGGCCUUCGUCAACCUGUACCGGCUGACCAGGAGGAACCAAGCCGCCCUGCUCGACACAGUACUCAUGAAAGCGUACCUGGCGUACGUGAAGAACUGCGCGUUCACGUCCGCUCAGUCGUGGCCUCACAUUCACCUGAUGCGCCGGUCGCUGGUGGAGCUCUACAGCAUCGACCCGUCUAUGAGCUACCAGCGGGCGUUCCUCUACAUCCGGCAGCUGGCCAUCCACCUGCGCAACGCCAAACUCGACAAGAAAAAGUUCCAGGUGGUGUACAACUGGCAGUAUGUCCACUGCCUGCUCCUGUGGUCCGCCCUGAUCGGAGAGGACCGCAGUGAGGAGCUGCGACUGCUGCUCUACCCACUCACACAGAUAAUGCUGGGCACGGUGAACCUGAUCACCACGUCUCGCCACUACCCUCUGCGUCUGCACGUGGUGCGCGCGCUGACGCAGCUGUCGGCCGCCACCAACACCUUCAUCCCCGUGCUGCCGCUGCUGCUGCAGGUCCUCCACCAGACCGACUUCAACAAGCGCAGCUCUCGCGUGUCGAUGCGCCCGCUGGACCUGAGCUGCAUGCUGCGCUUCUCGGAGGCCGAGCUGAAGGAGAACGGCUUCCGUGAUGGCGUGUUCGACGGCGUGCUCUCGGCUCUGGUCGAGUACCUGCACGUGGAGUGCUGCAGCCUGGCCUUCCCCGAGCUGGUGGUGCUCGCCAGGAUACAGCUGAAGGAGUUCCUCUCCAAGUGCAAGGUGCGCACCUACAACCAGCAGAUGAAGGAGGUGCUGGACAAGAUCAAGGCGAACGCUGAGCACCUGGACGCCCGGCGGCAGACGCUGCCGUUCGAGUUGUCCGACCUGGAGGCGGUGCGCCGCUGGGAACAGGAGCGACGCACAGAGGGCACACCCUUCACCGCCUUCUACGAGCUCUGGCGCGCACGGCAGGAGAAGAAGAGCAGCGCCAAGCCCGGCAAGGACUCCAAGAUCAGCGUGCGGGCCGGCCCGGACGCCGUGGACAGUGUCGACGAGGACGAGGAGAACUCGGAGGACGAGGUGCGCCCGUUCGACGAGGACGCGGAGGACGACUCCGAGGGCGAGCAGGAGGACGGGGAGAUGGUGUUACGGUUAGAGAGCGAGAGCGACGAGGUGGAAGACGAGGGCGACAAGCUCGAACCUCUGAAACCCUCCAAAAACAAACAGAAGAAGCAGCAGAAAAGCCAGAAACGGAAACGGCCGCAGCAAACCAAGGCCGGAGCGAAGAAGGCAAAGGUUCGCUGAUGAAUGCGGUUGUUACGGGGUUAGGGAUUUUCAAAUAUACGACUGGCGAAGUG